AAUCAUCAGUUCAUCACCCAAUCAUCCCAUAUUCACAGCCACCACCAAACUUAUAUCCUUGUCAUACAACAACCACAUGAAACAAUAACAUGAUCACCACCUCAUCCGCCAUCACCACCGCCGGUAGAAAUAGAAUCACUACCACUUUCUACCACCAUGGUUUCACCAAACCGGCAGCUUACUUCCUCAUCAUCCUCUUAUCAUAUUACCUCGGCUACUUAUCAGCUCUCUCAAAGAACCCAUCAUAUAACCCACACCACCACUACACCACCACAAACAUAACCACUGAUAUCGACCACUACAACUUCCAAACUCACUGUGCUGACCCGGUUCCACCCGAACUCAUUCGCCAAACAAUCCUAAACCGAAUCUUCAACGGGUCAUCUCCUUAUCAAGAUUUCCCACAAGCCCACAUCAAACCACUCUUGCGCCACAAAUGGAUCAAAGGUUGGGGCUCAACCGGGCUCGUGUUCAAGAACUUGAUCAACAAAGUCCAACCCAAAACCAUAAUCGAAAUCGGCACCUUCCUUGGUGCCUCGGCUAUCCACAUGGCCGAGUUGACUCACCAACUCGGCCUCCAGACUCAGAUUCUUUGCAUAGAUGACUUUCGAGGCUGGCCGGGCUUACCAAACCGGUUUCAAGACAUUAAAAUGAUAAAUGGUGACACAAUGUUGUUGUACCAGUUUAUGCAAAAUGUGGUUUCUGUGAAUGCAAGUGAGAGUGUUGUAUUUUUACCUUUUUCGACUGGGUGGGCUCUUGAGAAGUUGUGCGAGUGGGGCGUGUUUGGGGACUUGAUUGAAAUUGACGCAGGUCAUGAUUUUCAUUCGGCUUGGUCGGAUAUCAAUCGGGCUUAUAAGUUACUGAGGCCAGGUGGGAUUCUUUUCGGGCAUGAUUAUUUUACUGUCGCGGAUAAUAGAGGUGUUAGAAGAGCGGUCAAUAUGUUUGCCCGGGUUAAUGGGUUUCGGGUCAAGGCCGAUGGCCAACAUUGGGUACUUAACUCGAUCUAAGUCCUGAACUAGUGGAAAUAAGUCACGCAUUUGUGAUGGAGAUUGUAAUCCCGUAUUUAUUCCGAAUACAAUUUUAUAUUGAAACGUAUAUAAAACUAAACACGUUAAAUUAUAUAAAACUUUAAACUGGUAACUAUAAUUUGUAUUGUUAGACGAAUCUACUGCUUUCUAUUAUUAAC